AUUUUGCAAAGCGUCCUAUGCUGACGUCAGCCCGGUACCAAUGAACACCCGGUAGCAGCGAAGAAAUUCCCUAUGUUUGCCUUUUGUUUGUAGUUUUAUCCCGUUAUACUCCCGGUGUCAGACGUGAAAGCAUCAUGCCGUUCGAUGUGAGGAGAUUUGAUAUCUACAGGAAAGUGCCAAAAGAUCUAACCCAGCCCACGUACACAGGAGCCUUCAUUUCGAUUCUGUGCUGCGUCUUCAUUCUCUUUCUUUUUCUCUCCGAGCUCACCGGAUUCAUUGCUACGGAAAUAGUAAAUGAACUAUACGUGGACGACCCGGACAAAGACAGUGGCGGGAAGAUCGAAGUCAGUUUGAACAUCAGCUUGCCCAACCUCCACUGCGACCUGGUGGGGCUGGACAUCCAAGACGAGAUGGGACGCCACGAAGUCGGACACAUCGACAACUCCAUGAAGGUGCCUCUGAACCAGGGCAGCGGCUGUCGAUUUGAAGGAAUCUUUAGCAUCAACAAAGUACCAGGAAACUUCCACGUGUCCACACACAGUGCCACAGCCCAGCCACAAAACCCAGAUAUGACCCAUACGAUCCAUAAACUGGCCUUUGGAGAAAAACUACAGGUACAAAAGGUCCAGGGGGCGUUUAAUGCUCUAGGGGGCGCUGACAGGCUUUCAUCAAACCCGCUGGCCUCACACGACUACAUCCUCAAGAUCGUACCGACGGUUUAUGAAGAUCUGUCGGGAAAACAGAGGUUCUCCUACCAGUACACGGUCGCUAAUAAGGAGUAUGUGGCUUACAGUCACACAGGGAGGAUCAUCCCGGCCAUCUGGUUUAGAUACGAUCUGAGUCCAAUCACGGUCAAGUACACGGAGAGGAGACAGCCUUUCUAUCGUUUCAUAACAACAAUAUGUGCCAUUGUAGGAGGGACUUUCACUGUAGCGGGCAUAAUCGACUCCUGUAUAUUCACGGCGUCGGAAGCUUGGAAAAAAAUCCAGAUUGGCAAAAUGUCCUGAGACCUGCUCGCCCUGGCCUUUUUGCGCCCAGUGACGUUAGCCCGCUAGCUAAAUCAAGACCUUCUAUUUGAAAUCUCAUCACACUGACUGAUGAAACGGCUUUGCACAUUUGAUCCAACUCACUUUCUUAGCUGCCCUGGCUGCAUUUCGCCCAGUGACACGCCAGUCGCCCAGUAUCAGAUGUCCACUUCCUUCUUGAAUGUCGAGUGGCAAAAGAAGACGUUUUGUUUUUGUGCCAGAAAAGUCCGACACGGUUCCAGGGUUAAAAAACGGGCGCCAUUUUUAGAAUCAAGCUAGAACGAGACUGAUUUAGGGCGAGAUUUAGUUUUUCACCAAUCAAAAAGUCCAGAAAGUAUAGCAAAAUCAUGUGACUUUAGACGUUAGAGUAUUACUUUGAAUCUCACGAGGGAGACGCUAAUGAAGGAAGUGUUUAUCUUGUAUUAUUUUAAGUUCUGUUUCUGAACAUCAAACUGCACAAUGUAAGUGUAAAAAGUCUGAAUCAGACUGAAUUCUUUUUGUCCUGUCUGGUUAUUAUUUCAAUUCUUUUCACGCUGGUUACAUCUUGUGUGGAUUUAGGUUGAUGUUAACCUACUUUUUUUACCAAAUUACAUUUCAGAUUUUGUUUUAUAAAAGUGUAAAUUGAUUUAUUUUUGUUAUUUUCUUUUACAUGGGCCGUAGAUUUGUUUACUGAGACAUUCUGAAGUCAGUUUUGUGUAUGUUUUAUGACGUUUAUAUUCUCAUUUUGUUACUGUUUAAGAGAUUGAACACUUUCCUCUACUGAAAUUCAUUUGUUACCUGUUUUGUCUUACAUUUCUGUGUCCGAACAUUAUCUCAUCUUUCUCUUUAAGUGGUUGUUACAUUAAAUAACCUCAAAGUU